ACUUAUCUGUUUAGCCCAUGAUGACGCAACUGCAUUAAUAUAGUAGUAACAGCACAGCCACACCACGACACAAUUCAAAGUUUUGAGAUUCUUCUUCUUCCUUGCAUUCUCUUCCUCUCCUCUCAGCGAGUCUCCAUUUUGGAGAUUCAUUAAGAAGUAGCAUCCUCCGCCAUGGUCAACGGUGAGCUUCAAACACCAACACGUCUUGAGGGAAAAUAUGCUGCAAUAAUUGUCUGCUGGCUUCUUGGCAAUGGAUGUCUUUUCUCAUGGAACAGUAUGCUCACAAUAGAAGAUUACUACAAGAAGUUGUUUCCGAAAUACCACCCCUCCAGGGUGCUUACUCUGGUAUAUCAGCCAUUUGCAGUUGGAACACUUGCAGUGCUGGCUUAUAAUGAGGCAAAAAUCAACACACGAAAACGGAACCUACUUGGAUACACUCUUUUUUUCAUAACCACUCUGUUGGUGUUAAUUUUGGAUUUAGCUACAUCUGGAAAAGGAGGACUUGGAACUUUCAUUGGUAUAUGCGCAAUUAGUGGUGCUUUUGGAGUUGCAGAUGCUCAUGUUCAAGGUGGAAUGGUGGGAGACCUGUCCUACAUGCAACCAGAAUUCAUUCAGUCUUUUCUUGCUGGCUUAGCAGCAUCCGGUGCAUUAACCUCUGCUUUGAGGUUAAUUACAAAAGCAGCAUUUGACAGUUCUAAGGAUGGUCUUCGAAAAGGAGCUAUUGUAUUUUUUGCCGUAUCAACAUUCUUUGAGCUUCUGUGCGUUCUUCUCUAUGCAUUUGUUUUCCCCAAACUUCCAAUUGUGAAGUACUACCGAUCAAAAGCAGCAUCAGAAGGAUCCAAAACUGUUUCAGCUGAUCUUGCAGCUGGUGGCAUCCAGACAUUACCUGAAGGCGAGGAAUAUGAGAAAGGACAAGAGCGGAAGGGAAACAAACAAUUGUUAUUGGAAAACAUUGAUUAUGCACUUGAUAUAUUCCUAAUAUAUGUGCUAACCCUCUCAAUUUUUCCUGGAUUCCUUUCAGAAGAUACAGGAUCACACAGUUUGGGGUCCUGGUAUGCUCUUGUUUUAAUUGCAAUGUAUAAUGUGGGGGAUCUGAUUGGAAGGUACAUUCCACUCUUGAAAUGCGUGAAGUUGGAAAACCGAAAGAUGAUCACGGUAGCAAUUCUAUGUCGUUACUUGCUUGUUCCAGCAUUUUAUUUCACUGCAAAGUAUGGUGACCAGGGGUGGAUGAUAAUGUUGACAUCCUUCUUGGGGCUAUCCAAUGGUUACCUUACUGUCUGUGUUAUGACAUCUGCACCCAAAGGCUACAAGGGUCCAGAACAAAAUGCUUUGGGAAACCUAUUGGUGUUGUUUCUUCUUGGAGGUAUUUUUGCAGGGGUGACACUUGACUGGCUUUGGUUAAUAGGUAAAGGGUGGUGACAUCUCAAUCAUGACAGGGUAGAGGAAUGGUUAUGAGGCUUUCUUUGUAGAAAAAAUGAAAAGCUUUCAUAGUUUAUAGCAUAUUCUUUUGCUAAAUUAAAAAUAAUGAAUUGGUUAAUUUUGGUGUUUCAUUCCCUUAAUAUAACAUUUGGUUAAGAAAAUUGCUCUCUCGAAGAUAGUCUACGACUUUCAACUUCUGUUAGAUGAUCACAUUUUCUUUGUACCAUUUAUAUUUUUUUUGCUGGGUUUGAGACUAUUUAUAUGUGGUUCAACCACAUUCGAAUUUGUAACAGAAUUUGUAUAUUCUUUCGUCCUCGUUUAGGAAUGAUAUCAAUUUAAACAGUCAA